GUGGACGACUCGUAUGAAUGCGUGAAUGUGUUGUGAAAUACAUUUCCUUUUCCUUUUGGAUGAAGUGUUGAAUUCAUUCACCGAUUGUUUGUUUCAUUGAUUUAAUUAAUCGACGAUGAAUGCAAACGUGAGGUCCGUAGGUGUGAAGGACGUGGAUCAGUCUGAGUUCGUCACAGCGUUGGCCGCUUUCCUCAAGAAGUCAGGCAAACUGAAAGUUCCCGAUUGGGUGGAUCUCGUGAAGACCGGUGUCUUCAAAGAGUUGGCGCCUUUCGAUGAGGACUGGUAUUACAUCCGAUCCGCGUCUAUCGCCAGACAUCUGUAUCUGAGAGCACCCGUCGGUUAG